AUGGAUAGUGAGGAGAGUUUCGUAACUCUAGUGCAUUGCUCUGGAAAAAGUCAAAAAAGUAAAAGAGACAAUGUUAAGUUUACUGAUAGAGAACAACUGAGUGUUUUUAUCUGGUCAUCGAAUACUUUGUCAGAGAUAAAAAUCAAUAUAUUACAAAAGCUUGGGGUGUGUGGGAUCAAGUGGGUGAAAAAGUUGUUUUACAAGAUUCCUAUUACUGUUGUGUCAACUAGUGUGAAGUAUGAUACAUUUGUGAUAGGGUCCGACGCAGAUAUGCAGUCGACUUCGUUGGGAGGUGCUUCUACAUUGAUACCUGUGGUUGCACCUGCGAUUCCGUUGGUUGAACCUCCAUCUGUUGCACUUGGGAUGGCUAGUGCACCUCGUCUAAUUCCUAAUUUUGCAGGUGAGGGUGAACUGGAUCAAGUUGAAAAUGCGAUGCGAGAGGAUGAUUUGGACGAAGAGCCUGUUGACAUAGUUGGGGACAUUGAUGAGGAUACUCUGAGAAAUCCACCUAUACAGCAUGGCCCAUCAAGUUUUGGCACACAGCAACAUCCUCCACAUUUCUCAACCUUGAACUUGGAAGCCAUCAACCAACAGCCGGACGUAGAUCCUACCUUUGGGGGUCAAGGAUUGCAUGAUGGAACCGCUCCUACUAAAUUUCAGAUUGGCCAAUCUUUUCAGAGUAAAGAGGAAGAUGUGUUGAGUGUAAAGGAUUAUAACAUCCAUUGUGAAGUUGAGUACAGGGUAGUAGAGUCAGAUCAUUUUAAGUACCAUGGGAGAUGCAAGGAGUUUGGUAAAGGUUGCGCGUGGUUGAUUCGCAUCACACUUCGGCAACGAAAGGGUACCUAG